AUGUGCAAUCUGACAUCAGUCUCGCAAGCGAGAAGAGCCGGCCUUGAAGUAGAAUUCGAUUCAGACAAAGUUGGUCGUGGUUCACGUGAGAAUGGAAAAGCAAAACGCAAUAACCGUCCACUUUCUUCUGAAGAAUCCAAGCUAUCAACACGACCUCUAGACUUGGUACAUGCAGAUCUAGCCCGUCCGAUGAGGUAUCCGUCUAUGGGUGGUAACUACUACUUCAUACCCUUUUACGAUGACUCUAGUGCCCUUGCUCUUGUACAAUUUACUAAGAAAAACAAGGUUAAAUGCCUUCAUGUCAAACGACUGCGAUAUGAUGACGACUCGGUCUUUCUUUCCAAGAACUUCCAGAGUUGCAACUCUAUGUAUUAUUCCAGUCUGUUGCAGCCAUGGCUGCAACAGACGGGAAUAAUACAUGAAUUGACAGCCGCUCACUCUCCCGAAUCUAAUGGGAAAGCAGAAAGACUAAAUGGAACAUUGAUGGAUAUGGCUCGUGCUAUGAUGAUGGAUAUCGAAUUUGUUCCGAAUCAAGAAAGAUUUUGGGCAGAAGCCGUUAAUACCUCCAACUACGUGAGAUAUAGGAUGUUUACAAGUGCAGCCAUUGAUCUCAAUAAGACACCUUUCGAGACCAUCAUGGGGAAGCGCCCUUGCUUGAAGCAUGUCCGAACAUUUGGGUCAAAAGCAUUUGUUCACAUUUCCAAACAGAAGAGAGCAAUAAAAUUCAAGGCAAGAGCCGAAACAGGUCUUCUAUUUGGCCUUGUACGCGGCAACAGUUACCGUGCGUUCCUACAGAACGAGGGACGAAAGAUUGUUUCGAGGGAUGUGACAUUCGAAGAGCGAAGCAUCGAGUUAACUACUCGUCAACCAGAUAAUGUCAGCAACAGUGAUACUGACAGGGACUCUUCUAAAAAAGAUACAUUGAAUCUAACACUCACUAUCCACAAUUACGACGCUCUGGUCGCCAAAAAACAACCUGAGCGGUAUGCUGGUCCAGUCGCUCUACAGUCUACAUUUGGUAAUGAUGACGAUGGCGCUCCAUUCACUUAUGAGAAAUCCAUCGCUAGUACAGAGAAAUCUAAAUGGAAAGAAGCGACGCAAGAAGAAAUCAAUGACAUCAACAGUAAGAAGUCGUGCAACUUGAUUGGCCACCCAGAAGGCGUGAAACCUAUCCUAAAUGGGUCUUCCGCAAAAAGGAAGAUGACUUGGAGUUACUGCAACUUGAUGUUAAACCAGCAUUCCUAA